UACCCAACGAUCUUGGGUGGGACACAGCCGGCCUCUCCGCUGACCCCGAGACGUUCGCCAAGAACCGGGAGCUGGAGGUGAUCCACUGCCGGUGGGCCAUGAUGGGCGCGUUGGGCUGCGUCUUCCCGGAGCUCCUCUCCCGCAACGGCGUCAAGUUCGGCGAGGCGGUUUGGUUCAAGGCCGGGUCGCAGAUCUUCUCCGAGGGCGGACUCGAUUACCUCGGCAACCCUAGCCUGAUCCACGCGCAGAGCAUCCUGACCAUAUGGGCGUCCCAGGUGGUGCUGAUGGGCGCCGUGGAGGGGUACCGUGUGGCCGGCGGCCCCCUGGGGGAGGUGGUCGACCCGCUCUACCCCGGAGGGAGCUUCGACCCGCUGGGUCUAGCCGACGAUCCUGAGGCUUUCGCGGAGCUGAAGGUGAAGGAGAUUAAGAACGGGAGGCUGGCCAUGUUCUCCAUGUUCGGUUUCUUCGUGCAAGCCAUCGUCACCGGCAAGGGGCCGUUGGAGAACCUGGCCGACCACCUGGCCGACCCAGUGAACAACAACGCGUGGGCCUACGCCACCAACUUUGUUCCCGGCAAAUGAAAACGCCGUGUUGAGAUUGUAAACUCAGAUGUACAUUAAUGUGUCAUGCAAUUGGAAUGGGAAUUUGUGAGCGAAAUAAUAGAAGUUUGUAAGUGACUCUGUCUUUGUA